AUGGCAAUCGGCAGCGAAAUGUGCAAAGACCCGGGUGGAACAGCAGGCACUGCCGUAGAGCAGACCAUGGCCAAAGUUGAUUUGCAGAGAGAUCCUGAUCCGAAAAACCUCCAGGCUGGGGUGCAAAGAGCAGAAAUGCUACGGGAAGGAUGGACAAAGCAGGGACUUGUUGUUGCAUUUGUUGGAUUGUUCCUAUCCACCCUGUCCAUCAAUUUUGCCGACUAUUCUACUCAAGUCUACGCCCCGUACAUCACAAGUGCGUUCAAGCAGCAUUCCGCGAUGAGUGCAGGAGUCGUCAUGAACAUCACCAGAAUCUCGGCGUACCCGAUCAUUGCGAAACUCGGUGAUAUAAGAAUAUUCGUUUUCGGAAGAGCAGAGAUGUUCAUCUUGUCCAUUGUGACCUCCGUCCUAGGCUAUGUGAUCUAUGCGGCCUGCCAGGACAUCGCUCAGUAUAUGACUGCCGGAAUCUUCGAAGCCAUCGGAUCAACUGCUUAUGCGCUGACACAGCAGGUCUUUGUGGUCGACGUAACCAACCUGAUCUACCGGGGCGUCUGGUCGACUCUUCCAGACUCGCUCACGACAAUUCCAACCCUUUAUUUGGGUACGAUCGUGGCCGAGCGGAUCCUGGAUCAUUCGACAUGGCGUUGGGGUUGGGGAAUGUGGGCGAUUGUGCUACCUGUGAGCGCUGUUCCACUGAUUGGGUCCAUGCUCGUCCACCAGCACCGCGUCACCUCUCAGGUGAUGGUGCCUCAAGUCAAAGACGCCAAGUUAGAGUCACCCUGGUGGCAGAGAGUGUAUGAUCUGCUGUGGGUUCAACUCGACCUCCCGGGAGGUUUCUUGCUGGUUCUUGGGCUGUCCCUGUUUCUCAUGGACAGUUUGGUGCAGGCCAUGCGACAUGAAUCGAGUAAGUGA